AUGCCGGACGCAACCGUGCCCCGGCCACCGCCCUCUGAGGAGGCCCGGGACAAGCAGCCGGCCGAUCCACCGGCGCCACCAGCCGGAGAAGAGAUGGCGACGGACCCAACUCCUGAGGUCCGCACCCCGACGCGUCGCCGGCUUGCAAAGGCGGCUUCGGCGCCACGCCCGCAGGAGACUGCCGCCGCGAGCUCUUCAAUUCCGGACGCCGAGGCGACCAGCGCCGCACCCACAUGGUGGGUGCGGGGAGGCGGGACGGGCCCCUUGAACACGGCGAUCCUGGACGUCCAAGCCAAGCUUCAGGCCGAAGCCGACGCUCUUAAGCGUUGCAACAAUGCGUUCUUGGAAUCACGAGCAGCCGUCCGGGAUUAUCACAAUCUUCGUGCGACCGUCUUCAACUCCAAGGUCCAGGAGCUAACUCAACGGACCGCCGACUUGUCGGAAAGCCGGAAGGCCAACGGCGCCCUGCAGCAGCAGCUGGGUGACGCCAACACCGCGCUUCGGGCCAAGGAGACGGAAUGCAGCAAGCUAACCGAAGAGCGUGACCGGCUGGUCACGCAACUAGCGGAGCAGGCGGAGCUUCUCAAGAAAGCCCAGAAGGAGGGGGAGGACAAGGAGGCCAGUCUCCUGGCUGACUUCGAGAUCAAGCGCUCUGCCUGGACCGACAAGGAGGCAAUGCUGACUGACGGCUUCGACGAGAUCGAAGACAUGGUUGACGACUUCUUCCCCGGUCACUCCGUUGCGCCAAUCAGUCCAUCGAGGCCGAUCGCGAAGGGCGGAGGGCGGAAGGAGGAGCUGGCGGCGGUGGAGGAUGAUCUUGUCAAGCGAGCGGCGGCAAUUGCCGAGUACACCAACACCAGCAUCUUCAUCCCGGAGUGGGCCGAGAACGGCGCGGAGGCGCCACCAGAGUGGAUCUGGAGACCAUCACCAUUAAGUUUAUCUCCCCUCCCGCAGAGUUCACGGGAGUAUUUUAUGAAGAGCAACAAAGGGUUCUGGAGUGGCAUCGAAGGGCUUGUAAACGCGCUCGUCUUAGAUUAUCGAAACAAGAGUGUUGAAUACCUGGAUUUGACUGUUCCAUUUAGGUGUGGAUGCUGA